AUGCCUCUCCAAAUUGACCCCGAAUUCGCCGAAGCCGCAGGCCCGAUCCUACAACAACUCGGACAAUUGGCAAAACCAGCAGUCCAUGAUGUCGCUGCCAGAAGACAUUUGAUGGCAGCUGUUACACAACAGUCCCCAAAGACGCCCAUACCAGAUGAUAUGGAGCACCUCGUCUAUUAUGCCCCGACACCAUCCGGUGACUUCGAAGUUCCCAUCCACCACUACCGCAAGAAACGAGGACCUGUGGGUCCGGACAAGGAUAUGAAAGCCCCCGCCGUAGUACACGUCCACGGAGGCGGGUUCAUUUCACUCUCAGUCAAGGAACUGGAAGGUAUGCUAGUUGGGUACGUUUUAGGCUCAGGUGUGCAAAUCCUAAGCAUCGACUACCGGCUAGCCCCGGAACACCCGUAUCCGGUGCCGAUGGAAGACAGCUGGACCGGUCUGCAGUGGGUAUACACCCAUGCGGAGGAGCUGUCUAUCGAUGCCCAUCGCAUAGCCGUUAUGGGUGAGAGUGCUGGUGCAGGGUUAGCCGCUAGUCUGGCAUUGAUGGCUCGGGACAGGAGUCUCUCUCCGCCCCUUGCUAAGCAGAUCCUCGUGUAUCCCAUGCUUGAUGACCGGGCGGGUGAGAAUCAUGCGGGUGAUAUGGUUUUUUGGACGCCCGAGGAUAAUAUUACGGGUUGGACUGCUUAUUUGGGGAAGGAUGUUGGGACGGAUCGUGUCGAGCAGUAUGCGGCGCCGGCGAGGGCGGAAUCUGUAGAGGGUUUACCGCCUAUGUAUAUAGAUUGUGGGCAGUUGGAUAUUUUUGCGCAGGAGGAUACUGAGUAUGUGCUUCGGUUUGUGAAGGCCGGGAUUCCGGUUGAGUUUCAUUUGUAUCCUGGGCUGCCACAUGGGUUUGAAGGCGUUAGCCGAGGUUCCCAGCGUAUUCAAUACGAAGAGCUAAGUGGGCCAUCGUUUACAUAUAACAGCAAUGCUCUCACGGAGAAUGUCUCCAACAAAGUAGCUAUUGUUACUGGCGCCGCGCGUGGCAUCGGAUUUGCCACGGCCAAUAUCCUAGCCCGCCACGGUGCCCGCGUGGUGCUUGUUGAUUUACACGAAGAUGCACUGAAGAGCGCAGUGGAAGCCAUAGGCCUGCAAGCCACAUACAAGACCUGCGAUGUCAGCGACUGGGACCAGCAGAUCGCCCUGUUCCAAUGGGUCAUUGACACCGUCGGGCCAGUUAAAAUUGUCGUGUGCAACGCAGCCAUCAACCCCGAAAUCUCACUGCUCCAGACCCAAGAUCCCGAGCGACAAGCGCAGCUGAACAGUCAAGCACGAUACAAUUACCUGGCGGAUGAAACCAAAGAAGGAAAGCUGCAGCGCCCAUCAACGCAACUCUUUGACGUCAACAUCAACUCAGUCGUGUUUGGUCUAAAGUUAGCCAUCCACCAUAUGAAGCAGGGAGGAACGGGCGGACGCAUCGUCGUCACCGGUUCCGCUGGCUCCUAUCUCCCUGUGCCUUCACAGCCGCUCUACACCGCCAGCAAACAUGCAGUCUUGGGUCUUGUCCGCAGCACCGCUUUAAUUGAGGAGGUCAUCCGAGCCAACAUCGCCAUUUCCUGGAUCGCGCCUUGGCUCACGCUGACCUCCAUGGUGGAAGGGUUGGAGGCUACCACUCAGCCCCACACGCUCAAGAGUUCGCCGGAGGAUGUUGCAUGGGCCAUCGCAGCGGCAGUGGCGUCACCGACCAGCUGGGCGAACGCCAAGGGUUUCUGGGUGCAAGGUACGAUGAUCACUGAGGUAGAGGGCGCAUAUGGGGAGGUGGGCCAGCGGUUGAUCCGACCUGAGAACCAGUUCUGA